AAAUUAAAUAUUCUUUGUUCACACUGUAGGCUCGUGUGCUUGUGUAUAAACUACUCCAAGAUUUUGCAGCAGAGUGUAUUAACGUUAGGAAACAAAGGAAUAUUGGGUUGGAAUACGUGAAUACUGGGUGGAUUUUUUCACGAGGACGUAUAUUUUAAGGUAUUCUUUCUGUCCUCAUGAGACCAAGUGUAAUAUGUGUGCCCAUGUUAGCUAUCAUGUACCUCUGUUGUUUGCUUUAUGUCUCUCCUAUAUAUGUACUCUACUGCUAAACCUGAGACCAAGUGUUCAUGUUCUUAACUUGCUUUUUAUUUUUUGCUAAGUAGUGUUUGUAUACAGUCCUCAGAGAAUUGCUAAGGCAAACUUAGCAAAAGGGUGGAUUUUUAAGAGCUGAAAAACAGGAAGUAAAAAGUGUCAUGGAGGAAAACCAUCUUUUAGGGUGGAAGAAGAAUGAUUCAGAUAAUUGGCUUGUGAGUGUUGAAGAGGAUGAAGAGAUGAAAGUAGAGUUACCAUCUGUUCAUCAACCACAAACACCAGCCGAGCCAAUGGACUUCUUGUCAAGAUCUUGGAGCCUCUCAGCUUCUGAACUAUCAAAAGCUCUUGCUCAGAAACAGAAACACUAUACUUUUGAAAGGAAAUUUAGUGUGAUCAAUGAGUCACUUUCUCCACCUCCACAACUACCAGAGACCAAGGUAUUGAAUUCGCAAAACGGGCGAAGAGCUGGGGGGAUCGGAAGGUGGUUCCAUAAUAAGGAUUCUCACAAUAGCUCAGUCAAGAAGAAAGAAAAAGCACGCCUAGAAAACGCGCAUAUGCACACUGUCCUGUCCAUAGCGGGACUAGCUGCAGCAUUGGCUGCUGUAACAGCAGCAGAGAAUUCAAAUAGUUCAGGCUCAAAAAUGGGCAUGGCUUUAGCCUCAGCUACUGAACUCUUGGCCUCACAUUGCCUUGAAAUCGCUGAAUCAGCCGGGGCGGAACAUGAUCGUGUAGCCUCAGUUGUUAGAUCAGCAGUGGACAUACAUAGUGCUAGUGAUCUAGUUACACUAACAGCUGCAGCUGCCACAGCUUUGAGAGGAGAAGCAGCUCUUAAGUCAAGAUUACCAAAAGAAGCAAAGAGGAAUGCAUCAAUAAGUCCAUGUGACAGAAGCAUGGCGGAAACUCAAAGUUUUGCUGCUGCUUUCACUAAUGACAUUGAUGAACAUGAUUCUCCAUUUGCGGGCGAAUUGCUGCAACUCACAAGAAAAGGUCUUCAACGAUGGAAACGUGUUUCUGUCUAUAUAAACAAAAAAUUUCAGGUUGUGAUCAAGUUGAAGAGUAAACAUGUUGGUGGAGCUUUUUCUAAAAAUAACAAAUGUGUUGUUUAUGAAGUAUGUGAUGAAAGUGAACCAUGGCUAUUCAACAAAGAGAUUGAAAGCCUAGAUUUGUACCUUAGAGUAAAGACUGCUCAGGGUCUUUUGGAGUUCAAAUGCAAGAACAAAAGCCAUAAACAAAAAUGGGUUGAUGGAAUUCAGAAGCUUCUUGAUCGAACGAGUUUAUUUGAAGAUACAGAGGGAUCAAUGACAAUGUUGAAAAUCAACAAUAGCUUUUAACUAACUUCUUAGUUUCUCAUUUUUCAUUUUUUGUGUUAUGUUCUUGUAUAAAAAUGUUUGAGAUAGUACUUGGUUUGUCUAUUGAUGAUAAUUGAGAUGUAAGUUGUACUUACUAAUUGGAGAGACUCUAAUCUUCAAUAAGAACUUAGUAUCUUAAA